AUGGACAUCAACAGAGACCUCAAGUGCAGGAGAACCAUAAACCCAGAUGUGGCCCUCAGCAACAGCUUGGGUUUGGAUAUCAUCAUGGCCCCAAGUAGCAAUGCAGGCCACUCAGAUCUUAAUGGGACCAGCAACAGAGUGGACCCCAGACUCCAAAAUGUCCCCAGCCCCAGGAUGAAAAAAAAAAAACAAUAUGGGAAAGCAGGUGUACUUUUCAUUCAUAAUGAUAAAGGCUUUGGCUUUAUUCGCUUGGAAACAAGAACCCUAGGAGAAAUUGCCAAAGUGGAGUUGGAUAAUAUGCCACUCCUUGGAAAGCAGCUAAGUCGUGUGCGCUUUGCCUCUCACAGUGCAUCCCUUACAGUCCUCAACCUUCCUCAGUAUGUGUCCAGCGAACUGCUGGAAGAAGCCUUUUCUGUGUUUGGCCAGGUGGAGAGGGCUGUGGUUAUUGUGGAUGAUGGAGGAAGGCCCUCAGGGAAAGGCGUUGUUGAGUUCUCAGGGAAGCCAGCUGCUCGGAAAGCUCUGGAUAGAUGCAGUGAAGGUUUCCUUUUGGUAAGCAUAUAUCCUCGGCCUGUAACUGUGGAGCCUAUGGACCAGUUAGAUGAGGAGGAGGGACUUCCAGAGAAGCUCAUCAUAAAAAAGCAACAAUUUCACAAGGAAUGGGAGCAGCCACACAGAUUUGCACAGCCUGGAUCCUUUGAGUAUGAGUAUGCCAUGAGCUGGAAGUCACUCAUUGAGAUCGAGAAGCAACAGCAGGAUCAAGUGGACCCCAACAUCAAGGAGGCUCAUGAAAAGAUGGAGAUGGAGAUGGAGGCAGGAUGCCAUGAGCACCAGGUUAUGCUAAUGAGGCAGGAUUUGAUGAGGCAUCAAGAAGAGCUUCAGAAAAUGGAGGAGGUGCAUAACCAAGAGGUUCAGAAAGGAAAGCAGCUAGAGCUCAGGCAGGAAGAGGAGCGCAGGCGCCGUGAGGAAGAAAUGCGGUGGCAACAAGAAGAAAUGAUGCAGCAACAGCAAGAAGGAUUCAAGGGAACCUUCCCUGAUGCGAGAGAACAAGAGAUAAGGAUGGGCCAAAUGGCUGUGGGACGUGCUAUGGGCAUAAACAAUAGAGGCACCAUGCCCCCUGCUCCUGGGCCAACUGGUACCCCAGCUCCUCCAGGACCUGCCACUAUGAUGCCAGAUGGAACCUUGGGAUUGACCCCACCAACAACUGAACAUUUCGGCCAAGCUGACACAAUGGAAGGAAUUGGAGCAAUUGGUGGAACUCCUCCUGCAUUCAACCGCCAAGCUCCUGGAGCUGAUUUUGCUCCAAAUAAAGGCCACCUAUACUAUUAA